AUGAUGUUGUCUGUAAGGUUGAGGAGCUUCGGCUGGUUCCUCCACCAGUCGCCAGGCGAGGACAAGGUCCGCCUGGCUUUGGAUGCGUCAGUGACGCCCGCCAAGCCGAAGCCAACACAGGAGGCGGUCUGCGAGUCACAACGAGCAGACGCCGGGGAAGCGCGACAGGCUUGGGUGCUUCGUGUCCAGCCCGGGGAGGCCUUGCCGGAGGCAUCCGAUGGCCAGGUAUCUGAGGAUGAGGAGACGAGCGCAGAGUGCUGGCAGAGGCCCGGCCGAGUGGGGCCGAGAGCUGCUUCGAGCUGGUCGCUUCCCCGGCUGCUUGGCUGUGACAGAGCGUCGUCGCAGACGGCGUGCCAUGAAGCAACAGCGAAAGAGGAAGCUACGGCCAAAGAAGCGCAGCGCCAGGCUGCAGCGCGGACCAUCCAGUCCUUCUUCCGAGAGUGGGCAGCAGCCAAAGAGGCGGCGGCCAAAGAAGCGCAGCGCCAGGCUGCAGCACGGACCAUCCAGUCCUUCUUCCGAGAGUGGGCAGCAGCCAAAGAGGGGGCGGCCAAAGAAGCGCAGCGCCAGGCUGCAGCACUAACCAUCCAGUCCUCCUUCCGAGAGUGGGCAGCAGCCAAAGAGGCGGCGGCCAAAGAAGCGCAGCAGGCUGCAGCGCGGACCAUCCAGUCCUUCUUUGGGCAGCAGCCGGACCAUCCAGGCUGUCCAGCGAGAGUGGGCAGCAGCCAAGAGGAGGCGGCCAAGCGCAGCGCCAGGCUGAGAGUGGGCAGCAGCCAAAGAGGCGGCGGCCAAAGAAGCGCAGCGCCAGGCUGCAGCACGGACCAUCCAGUCCUUCUUCCGAGAGUGGGCAGCAGCCAAAGAGGCGGCGUCCAAAGAAGCGCAGCGCCAGGCUGCAGCGCGGACCGUCCAGUCCUUCUUCCGAGAGUGGGCAGCAGCCAAAGAGGCAGCGGCCAAAGAAGUGCAGCGCCAGGCUGCAGCACUAACCAUCCAGUCCUCCUUCCGAGAGUGGGCAGCAGCCAAAGAGGAGGCGGCCAAAGAAGCGCAGUGCCAAGCUGCAGCGACGACCAUCCAGUCCUCCUUCCGAGAGUGGGCAGCAGUUAA